AUGCGAGUGACACCUAUCGUAACGGCACAUCCGGCCACGACGACCACCACGAUGCCCCAAAGGGAACCGACCACACAAUCACAGCCAACAACUCACCAGCAACCAUCCAUGCGACAUGCAGGGACUAGCACCUGGUGCCUAAGCACCAUCACAUCCACUAUACAACUAACGCCUGCUGGUCACUUGUCUUCCCCAAUGGCCACCAUGUCAUGCAUCCCGCUAUUCGCACAACAACUAGCAUUUAACCCAUACUCUUACUACUACCAAGGCAUGUGCCCCCAACACAGCCACAAAAAAAAACAAAAGUCAAGGCACACCGGUGCAGGGUACACACUCACACACCAUGGGACCAACGGAGUCGAGCUUACAGUCAAAUCAGUUGGUGCAUAUCCCACACAGGCAGUUUAUGUGCCACAAACGUCGGGGUACAAGCACGAAUGUGAUUACGAAUAUGGCCAAGGGUACGCUAGGCCCUCUCACAUGCAGCACACAGUGGCCAGUGGAGUACUUGGAUAUCCACACAUGUAUGACUCAACACAUCGCUCCGGAUGGAAAAGAGGUUCACCUGCACCUACAUCCCGAUCACACUGUCCAGAGACGCCAUUGAGAAAAGUCAAAGGAGAUGCCAACUCGAUCAUGGCAUGCAAGCAAAAGGAGGGAGAUUACAUCCGAGCAUAUUAUGACUGGUUCACCUUAGCAACUUUAAGCGUCCCAGGACAUGAAGAAAUCUUAGUCACAGGUGCCUUCGCCUAA